AUGGCGCAGCGGAGCGCCGGCCCGCCGCCCUGCAGCUUCGUGGCGCGGGACAACUGCUGGAAAAAAUACGUUGAACAUGAACUAGAAGCUGCGAGAAGAUGGUCUCACAAAUGGGGAUUCUUGAAAACACCUCUUGAGGAGUUGAUUGAAGAUGAAAAGAAAGAAAAUACAAAGCCCAAGAUACAGCUUCCUGAGCAUCUUCAGGUUCGACCUGUGACACCUGUGGAAAAAUACAUUAAGGUGAUUCCAUCUCCUCCAGUACCUAAGACUACCCAGGGAUUUAUUGGCUGGAGGUCAGCUGUCCCGGGGUUGGAACUUGAACAUGGUUUGCAAAUCCAAAGCUGUAAAGGUACCUUUUUUAAGGAUUUGAAGUGGCCAUGUGAGCCUUCUGACUGA